AUGAAUUAUUUGCGCCGGCGUCUCUCGGACAGCACAUUCAUCUCCAAUCUACCCAACGGCUACAUGACAGACCUCCAGAGGCCUGACCCUGCUCAGCCACCUCCACCUGCCUCCAGCACCCCUGCCAAGUCUCCUACAGCCGGGCCGACCCCUGCAGCCACCUCGCCUGCUCCGGAGAAGAAAUCUCAGCCGGCUCAGUCCACCGGGGUGGGCUUCUUCAGCUCUAUCACCAACGUGGUUAAGCAGACAGCUGCUUCAGCAGGGCUAGUGGACCAGACCCAAGUCACGACACCUAAGAAGUUUAAGAUCCUCCUGGUCAUCGAUGAACCCCAGCAGGAGUGGGCAAAAUUAUUCCGUGGAAAGAAAUUACAUGGGGAUUAUGACAUCAAAGUGGAGCAGGCUGAAUUCAGUGAAAUCAACGUCGUGGCUCAUGCUAAUGGGACCUGCAAUGUUAACAUGCAGGUUCUGAGGGGUGGAACCAAAGUCAUCAGGUCAUUCAAGCCAGACUUUGUCCUUAUUCGUCAGCAUGCCUUCAGUAUGACCCAGAAUGAAGAUUUUCGUAACCUGAUCAUCGGCCUUCAGUAUGGAGCAGUUCCUACUAUCAACUCUCUGGACUCCAUCUACAAUCUGUGUGAUAAACCCUGGGCGUUUGCUCAACUCAUCAAUACCUUCAGGAAGUUGGGUGCUGAGAAGUUCCCUCUGAUUGAGCAGACUUUCUACCCAAACUACAAGGAGAUGGUAAGCAUGCCGUCAUUUCCCAUCGUUGUGAAGAUUGGACAUGCUCACUCUGGAAUGGGCAAGGUGAAGGUGGACAAUCACAGUAAGUUCCAGGACAUAGCCAGUGUCGUGGCUCUCACCCAGACCUACACCACCACAGAACCUCUGAUUGACUCCAAGUACGACAUCAGAAUCCAGAAGAUCGGCACUGACUACAAAGCCUACAUGAGAACGUCUAUAUCUGGUAACUGGAAGACCAAUACAGGCUCUGCUAUGCUUGAACAGGUGGCGAUGACCGACAGGUACAAACUGUGGGUUGAUACCUGCUCAGAGAUCUUUGGCGGUCUGGAUAUUUGUGCUGUCAAAGCCAUUCAUGGGAAAGAUGGCAGAGAUUACAUCACAGAGGUGGUGGGCUCCUCUAUGCCACUGGUCGGGGAGCACCAGGCUGAAGACAGACAGCUCAUUGCUGACAUGGUGUUGGCAAAAAUGAGCCAGCUGGCGGAGAAGGAAGCUAAUACUCCCCAGAGACCAACAACCAUACAGCCAUCCCAGGGAGCUGGCCAGAAGGGAGAGGUCAUGGGAGAUUCCACUAAGAACAGCGCCGGGCAUCCGCCUCAAGGCUGUCUGCAGUACAUUCUUGACUGUAAUGGUGUUGCAGUGGGUCCAAAACCAGUCCAGGCCAACUGAGUAUCUCUGAAAGGGAAAAAAGUUUCCACAUUACGACAACAGAGAUGUUGUUUAGCUGAAGGCAUACGCAGGAGGAUAUGUGAAAGCUGAUGGUUAAAGCCAGACGUUAUCUCGGUGCAGCUCUGUGCUGGCCUGGACUGUGUUUUUAACUCUAUGCAGUGUCAAAAUGUACUGUCUACUUGUUGAGCUGUUGAUUUGUGUGCUCGUGUAGCUUACCUAUAUUUCAGUAGCUGUGGAUGUUAUUCUUUGAGGAUGUUGAUGGCGUAUAAAGCAGAUGGUGCCUACACUGAGUUCAGUGCUACUCUGUGUUACCGUUUGACCCAUCUAUGAACAUCUCAUUUAUCCCACAUUCUAUUCCAUUUUUCAAAUUUUUUGAUGUGUAACCUUUUAGAUAUUUUUCAAUCUGUGGGUCAAGCAGUUUGACAAAGUGUACAGUAUCGCUUGAUAUUUAUACAAUACGUAGGCGCCUGGCUGUUGUGGUGAUUCUUUUCAGAAUUAUACAGAAUAAAUAUUUAUUUUUGUUUUUGCAUGAUUGAAACAAAGACAGGCGCAAGUCGGUUAUAAACGUCUGAUCCAGUGGGAUGUUCAUGUAACAUUGCUGUACAUGUGCGCUGCUUUCCCUGUGAGUCAUGCAUUGUGAAUGUGUCUUAAAAAUACAUAUAUGUGUAACGUGUUGACUAACAAUGUGCAUUCACACAGUGAAUGCGACAGGGUACAUUCCUGCAUACAGCCACAGCAGCAGACGUAUCAUAUGUCACCUUUAAAAUGAUUUCUCUACAACUGCCACUAGAAAAGAGAUUACUUAGAAUAUCUAUAGAGUACGAGUCGAAGGGUUCAUACUAAAGAUUAUAAUUAGCCUAAAAAUGAUAGAUUUUAUGACAUAAAGUUUAGAAUGUUAUGUAGAUUGUCUGCACAUAAACCUUCAAUAUAUUUGUAUCGUUUUGAACCAAAGAAUAAAUAAUUUACUUUCAAUCACAGGUUUUUGCACUUCAGCAAACCAAGAUGUAAAUAUCAGACAGACUUGACUGUUGUCAUGUAGAAUGCAUGUGACUCCAUUAGUGAACAAUGUGCAUACAUUUUUCAAAUCCUUGAGCCAGUGCUAUAAUUUUUUUUUUUUGAAGCAGACUUUACAGGUCAUGUUGAAAUGCUGCUUUGAUUGUAAUCCUCCAGUGAAAUAUUGGAUAUAACGUCUCUCGGUGAUUUUGAAACUGGUUAUGUGGUAUUGCGAUGUUGUCAUGACAACACAGCAAGUGCUCUGAGGUUUAAUGUGGAGUUGCACCUUCUUUACUGCCAUUCAAAGACUCAAAACAUCACACAGCAAGUGCAAUGUUAUUUCUUAUUUAUUUAAUUAAUAACGUAAUUUCUUUUUUUAAAACUACAGGCAUCCGCACAUUCAGUAUAUUAAACUCUCUGACACAAAUGUUCCGGCGAUUUUUGUGGAGACAAUAUCGAGUAUCUGAAAAAGCUAAACGACAACCAAAUCAACUGUACAAAGAAAUCCGUACGGUUUCCAAUGACUUGUUUCUUAUCGUGUAAAAUGUAUUGAGCAAGUUCUGUGUGCAACUCUUUUUCAAGGUGUAUAAAGUGCCAUUGUAUCUGUGACAGUAUACUUGUCGAAGCCAUGCCUGAGGCUUUGUGGGUGUGUUAUUCUGUUUACUAGGAAAUAUGCCAUGACAUUGGUUUCCAAGGGAGAAUCUAACCCAGUCUGUAAUAGCGGUGUGGUGUGGUUCAGGUGAUAAAUAAUUGAUACGUGCUCAAUGGAUAUAUUUACUUUACCAUUAUAUUGAGGUGGACCUUGGAUCUCUUUGGACCUGCAGAGCUGUAAGGAUAAAUUAGGAACUACGCUAUAUGUACUUAAAAACUGCUGUUAGACUGUUUAAAUCAAGAUCAGAAUAUAAUAUAUUGUUGGAAACGUUUCCAUUCUGGAUAUUUCCUCAAUGUCACUGGCAAUAAAGCUUCCUUUUCAAUAUG